CAUCAAACGCAGGCGAAAAGUAGAUGACCGACUCCACGGACGACGAGGAGUACGAGUACGACGAGACCGGGUCCACGAGCGAGCAGUACAGCGACGACUACGGGAACGACCUGUCCUCCGCGAGCGACGCGAGCGAACGCGACGACGCGAGCUCGGAUUCAGGCGACGCGCCGGUAGGCUCUUCCUCCGCCGCGCGCCCGCCGCCGCCUCCGGCCGCCGCGCGCCCGCCGCAUCAAGCGGCGUCGCCGACGCGGCUCCAAGCGACCGCGCCUCCGUACCGGCCCCCCGGCGCGCGACCGAUCGCGAUGUCGAGCUCGGACGAAGACGAGACGAACUCGUCGUACGCGCCGCCUCCGGCGGCGGCGCCGACGCCCCCCGCGGCGCCGACGCCCGCCGCGGCGCCCCCCGCGGCGCCGACGCCCGCCGCGGCGCCCCCCGCGGCGCCGACGCCGGUCGCCGCCGCCGCCGCCGCCUCUGGCGGGGCGGUCGUCGCGGCGUCGUCCGUCGUGCCGCCGCCGCCGGAGGAGGAGGAGCCUGCGAUCGAUCCCGACGAUAAAGACGCGAAGAUGACCGCGGACCUCCAGAAGCUGCGCGUCAACCUUCUUCGCAUCGCGACGCGGUUCGGGCAGUCCCCGCGGAACACCGUCGUCGCGCAGGUCAUCUACCGCCUCGAGCUCGCGGAGCAGCUCAAGAGCGGAAAGAAAGCCGCGGGCGCGGGCAUGGGCCGCGGGCAGACGAGCUCGUUCGACAAAGCCGUGCUCGCCGCCGAGGCGGCGGAGCGCCGAGAAGGCGUCGACUCGGACCUCGGGUUCACGUGCACGAUCCUCCUCCUCGGGAAGUCCGGCGUCGGGAAGUCCUCCACGAUCAACUCGCUGCUCGGCCGCGACUCCGCGACGGCGUCCGCGUUCGACGCGGAGACCAAGUCGGUGCGCGUCAUCGAGCACAAGAUGCACGGCAUGACGCUCCGCCUCAUCGACACCCCCGGGCUGCAGCCGUCCGCGUCGGACAUCCAGUACAACUCGAGGAUCAUGGGCGAGGCGAAGCGCUUCACGAAGAAGCACAAGCCGGACAUCGUGCUGUAUUUCGAUCGCAUGGACCAGCCCGCGCGGACGGACGCCGCGGACCUGCCGCUGCUGAAGACCAUCACGUCCACGUUCGGCGCCGCGGUGUGGUUCAACGCCAUCGUCGUGCUCACGCACGGCUCCUCCGCGCCGCCGGACGGUCAAAACGGGCAGCCCAUCUCGUACGAGAUGUAUUUCGCGCAGCGGUCACACGUCGUGCAGCAGAUCAUCCGCCAAGCCGCGGGGGACCCGAGGUUGAUGAACCCGGUGGCGCUCGCGGAGAACCAUCCGAUGUGCCGCACGAACCGCGAGGGCGAACGCGUCUUGCCGAACGGCCAGGUGUGGAUGCCUCAGCUUUUGCUGCUGUGCUUCGCGUCGAAGAUCCUCACCGAGGCGAACGCGCUGCUGAACCUUCAGGAGCAAAACGCCAAGGCUGCGAAAGCCGCGGCGCAGCAACAGAAGGUGCCGCCGCUGCCGUUUUUGCUCUCGUCGCUCAUCACGUCGAGGAAGCCGCUGAAACUCGAAGGCGGCGACGACGAGGACUACGACGAGGCCGAGGACGUCAUCCUCGGCGCGCCGUCGCCGUACGACGUCCCGAAGGACCAGCAGGAGGAGCUCAUCCCGCCGAAGCAAGUCGCGGUGCCGGCGCCCGACCCGGCGCUCCCGCCGUCGUUCGACGGGGAUAACCCGAGCCACCGCUACAGGUUCCUCGAGCCGCAGUCGCAGUGGAUGGUGCGACCGAUCGUGGAGGCGCACGGGUGGGACCACGAGUCCGGGAUCGAGGGCUUCAGCGUCGACAAAGGGUUCGUGCUCCGCAACUCCAUCCCCGGGCAGAUGUCCGGGCAACUCACGAAGGAUAAGAAGGACUCCAACGUCGGCUUCGAGGGGCAGAUCUCUAUUCCGCACACCAAGAAGCUCGUCACGACCACCGGCGUGGAUAUCCAGACCGUGGGCAAGCAGCUCGCGUACACCGCGCGCGGGGAGACGCGAUGGAAGUUCUGCGCCGUGAACAAGAUCGCGGCGGGUCUCUCCGCGUCCAUCGUCGGCGGCGCGCUCGCUCUCGGGACCAAGCUCGAGAAUCGAUGGAAGGUGACCCCCGGCGCGAAGCUCAUCGUCUCCGCCGGCGCCGUCAGCGCCAACAAAGACGUCGCGUACGGCGGCAACUGCGAAGCGCAGAUCAAGCACUCGGACGACCCGUCGAACCCGAACUCGAGCACCGUGGGGAUGAGUUUCAUGAACUGGCGCGGGGACGUCGCGCUCGGCGGGAACGCGAUGUCGUCGGUGACGCUCGGGAAGGACACGCAGCUGACGGCGAGGGCGAAUCUGAACUCGCGCGGGGCGGGGCAGCUGACGCUCAGGGCGACGACGAACGAGCGGUUGCAGCUCGCGGGGCUCGGGUUGGUGCCGCUCCUGUGCGCGCUCAUCGGACGCGUCAGGGGAGACUGACGUGAUGAGAUUGAAUCGAAGGAACAAACGGGAGGAAGGGAAAUGCAGUACAAACACACAACACGAAACUCACGACGUCGCGCGCGAAGCGCGACGACGCGGGGUGAUCCGAGCUCUUGUAAUACGAAGAGACGACGCCGCGCGGCUCGAUGU